UGGUGCUUUGUUGCGUAUCCAUGGCCACCUUAUUUUGAGCCGAACACAGACGUGCCGAACAACAAGAGCAGUGACAAUGUCAGACGAUCACAAGAAUAUCGGGAUAAUGGAACCAGAAACUGAGCUCUCUAUGGAUGACAGAGCAGGUGCCAUUGAUAUAGUAGUGGAUCUCCCUGCGACCGAAGCCAUGGCUGUCGAUCAGCAACCGAAAUGCGAAAUAUGUCACCUUCAUGCCUGGAAAUACCGCUGUCCACGCUGCAGCAUGCGUACAUGCUCAUUGGAUUGCGUGAAAGCUCACAAGAAGGAGAACAACUGUUCCGGUGAAAGGAGCAAGACUCACUUUGUGCCUCGCAAAGAAUACGACUACAGAACUAUGAUGAGUGAUUAUGUAUACCUGGAAGACAUGGCGAGACAAUCCGAUACAUUUACUCGAGAACGUACGACAUCAAACAGAAACUCCAAAUCAAAAGACGCCAAACUUCGGUUACUCGUCCGACAAGCGCGACAGCUGGGUAUCUUGUACGAUGUCCUUCCUGCUGGCAUGUCGCGGCGCAAGCAAAGUCAGACAAUCUACAGUCAAAACUCAAAGCAGCUUUUUUGGACGGUGGAAUGUUUCUUUUGUCACUCAGAUCAUCAAGAACGUGUAUUAGAGCACUCCAUUUCACAUCGCAAGUCGUUGAGGGAAUUUCUUAACAACUUGCUGUUUGUUGAGAACCCUGUUGGCGGAGGGUCUUACGGUGCCAUUCGGCAUCAGCUGCGGGACUUUACUUUGGCGAAUAUGGACAAUUUGGUUAUUGGCUUGAAGAAGGAAGGCCAACGACGUACUUUUAUCAAUGUAACCAAUCUCCUGGACCUUUCCAUGGCCGAUGUGUUACGAGGAGAACGUAUCAUUGAAUUCCCGACCUUUUAUGUUUGGCUUGCUGGACAGGUCGAUGCAGACCUUAGUUGGGAAGAAAAGACACUUUGCGUGCCUCAAGACUCGAAAUCAGAUUCGACCAACCGUGCGGAAAAGCGUGAUACCCAUAGCGCUGGCAGUGCAGAUAAGAAGGAUGACGGUGAUAGCGUCGCCGAAGACGACAGUGAUGAGGACAGCGAUUCAGAUAGUGACGAUGAGAGCGACAGCAGUGAUGAGGAAGAUAAAGAAGACGAGAAUGCUCAAGCUAAACAGUCCGAUCAAGUUCAAUCGGAGGAGUCCCUAGGAGGUACUGAAAACAUCAAGCCAGGCACUACCGCUGCAGCGCAAGUAUCAGUUUCCGAGGAGGAGCAGCAGGAGACUGUCUAGCUGGGAAAUGGCGAUUGGAAGGAAGAACAUAUUUCUUCGAACAUGGAAACCCCAUACAGUUCUCCGUGUCAGAGGUAUUCACAAUUUUAAAAGAAUAGUGUCAUAUCAUUUUUAUCAAGUAUUUAUUCCAAAAUCACUGUAAAUAAGUCCAUACAUUAUUUUUAGAGCAUUCAUAUUAUUCAAUUUGUUACUUGAAGGCCUUUAUCAAAUAAAAAUAGAUCCUUAGACAUUGCUUCUUGCAGUGAUCUAUUAUGUUGAGAAAG